GCAGGCGUGGCAAAGGUUGCAUUGUUAGCCGGCCAAUAGUUUCCUAAAGAUAGAAUGGCUGUGCAAGCGGGCGUUUUUUUUUUUUAGUGACGCCAGAUCCUCCCAGGCGUGCGGGCGUGCCACAGGCUGCAUUGUCCGAGCCUCGGCUUGGACUGCCAGACGACUGUGCAAGCGGGGGCUGAGCGAAUACCCAUAGUUAAAUGCCGAUUAAGGGAUAACUGUUUUCGCGUUAUAAAAGCAAAUCAAAUCGUCUUCGUCCUUCUACUAUCACUUCUGUCCUUUUCACCAACCCAAUGGAACCCACUCACCAACAACCACAAGAUCAAGCCAUGCAACAGGCUCUAGGUCUGCAGGAGCUGCUAACGCAUAUCGCAUCCUAUCUGGACAAGGAUGCCAUUACGCGAUGCUGUUUGGUCUCGAAACAGUGGUCUCAAGCCUGGAAGCCACUCUGCUGGAGAGAUAUCAAGUGGAAAGAACCCAGGGAUUUCGUCCGGAAUGGCCAUCUAAUUAGGAAUCUAACGCUGCGGAUGUCAUCGUCAUCCUCUUCAUACCGACCGGUGGAGGAGAUUCGGGACCACUGCCCAAAUUUGCGCUCACUACAUAUUGUCGAUUUUCAGUUCAACCGCGCCGAAUUCGAGGAAAGGGUGCUGGGGAUUCAGACAAGUCCAUCAACCACUGCUGCCAGCAAUGCGGCCGCAGCCCUGCAGGAGGGCGAAAAAGCUUCAUCGCAGGGCGCCGUUGUUUGCUCUAAGAAUCCGUUCAUCGACAGCAUUGUUGCUAGGAAUAGUUAUCUAUCCAACAGCUUGCAUACACUUCAGUUUGGAGUGUCACCCGAGGUGUGUGCUAUGCUGUUGCCACGACUCGUACAGGCGAAAAAAGCAGGACGGCUACAAGGGUUGAAGUCUUUCCGUAUGGGAGAGUCUUUGGCGCUAGGCAUGCGUCUUGAGGCGCACCCAUCGUGGCAUUGUACGCUCAAGUUGUCGGACAUACUCGCGUUUCUUGAUGAGUUCCCGGACCUGACAUGUUUCUCUACAGGUGACAUUAAUAUCAUCAACGAUAUCGGAUCAGAGGAUACGGAUUCGAGUAUGGCGGCCAAGGACGUCAGCAUCAGUAGCAAUGAGGAAGGGCAGCAAAAGAGACAGCGAGAAUACAAACGGAUGACCGAGCUCGAAAUCUCGUCAUCCUCGUCCGUAGUACUGGAGCCCAUUUUGGUCAGGAUGCCUCAGCUGAGGGUACUCAAGAUGGGCUACAUUAGAGACGCCAGGAUAUUUCCAAAGAUUAUACAGCACUUCCCCAAUCUCACAUCGCUACAUUUGGACUUGGAGUACUAUAGAUUCUUCGACAGGGCCUUUACGGCCCUAGACCUCGAUCAAACGAACCAGGACGGUAUCCAGGGUUGGAUCCAUCUCUUUGAGGGGCUGCCCGCACUUGAGCACCUUAACGUCAUGAGUGCGCAGUUGUCGCUACCGAUCUUGAAGUCCUUGACAAUGUCGUGCCCUCGUCUGUCAUCGCUCAAGGCCAAUAAGGGGUCGCGUUUAUCUGUACUGGGGAUCUUGUUCCUCCUGAAUCACGCCGCGAACCUGAGAGAGCUUGAGGUGUCACAGAAGUUCGACGCACAGCUGUUUGCGGGCAACCAAGAACCCUGGAAAGCACCGUUGGAGAGGCUACAUCUUGAGGAGGUGGACCUAUCGAACGAUGAGGAAAACGAUUGCUUCCGGAAUCGGAUGCGUCAGCUGCCAUGGCUCAAGUCGCUUGAGACGUGCGCGCGUAAAAUAUCGCAUAGAGCUUUGCUGGAUGAGGAGGAGAAUGAGGUGGCGGCGGCGGCGAAUGGAGUUGUUCCCUAUCCUCGCUUGGAGAAACUGAUAAUGAAACAGAAUGUCAGCGCUUUUGAGGGGUUCAUUUCGCGGUUGGUGAACACCAUGCCACGUCUCAACAUUCUAGAGCUAGAUGAGGACUAUUCAAAGGAGGAUAUCCAAAUAGCGAGAAGAGGUCGACAAGAUCCAACAACAGCUGCGGCAAAAUAACUCCAGAAAUGAAUGGUGAGCAUAGUUAUGGUUUU